GAUUAAGAUGGCGGCGUUCGUAGAGGAAUCACGUGUGAUCACUGAGGAGGAAUAUAGUGGGUCUGAAGGAGAUCAAGAGGAUUCAGAUGAUAACUUUUCUUCAGAAGGAGAAGCAGAUGAAGACAAUGACAGUCCCAACGAGUCCAAAGGAAAGGGUGACAGUGAAGAUGGGGAUGCAGAGAAAGAGAGUGAAAACCCAAACGCUGGCUGGGCCGAGGCCAUGGCAAGAAUUCUCCUCAAGAAAACACCACAAAGUAAAACAGCUAUACUGCUCAAAAAUAAAGAACUGGAAAAAGUGAAAGCAAAAGAAAAGCAGGAGCGACUGGAGAGAAGAAAACAGGUGGAUAAGAAACGGCAGUGGGAAAUGAUGUGCAGAGUGAAACCAGAUGUUGUUGCAGAUCGAGAGACUGAGAGGAAUUUUCAGAGGAUAGCCACCAGAGGUGUAGUUCAGCUUUUCAAUGCUGUUCGGAAGCACCAGAUGAACAUUAAUGAGAAAGUGAAGGAGGCUGGGGGAUCGGAAAGGAAACAGGCCAAGCUGCUGUCUUCCGUGUCAAAGAAAGACUUUAUUGAUGUGCUUCGAGGAAACAAGGGAGGAAAAACUGAGAACAGCUCCAAGGCAGAGAACGGCAAAGAGGUUGAAGUAAAAUCAGAAGACAAGCCUUCCUGGAAUAUUCUACGUGAGGAUUUCAUGAUGGGAGCUACCAUGAAAGACUGGGAUAAGGAAAGCGAUGAAGGGGAGGCAGGAGAGGCUCAGGGGGAAGAAGACAACAGUGAUUCUGACUGAGUUUUGUGCAUCUGAUAAAUUACAAGAUCAUCGUUCUUGUAUAUAUGAAAACGUUUCUCGUUCUAUGAAUGUGUGGACUUUAACAAAGGCUUAAUUGUACAGAGAUAGUCCAAUUUGAGCUUUUGAGUUCAAAUUUGCUUUACAAUGUGUUGCCAAAUGUUUUUGUUUUUGAAAAUAAAAAAAAAAAAAUGGUA